UUUGUUUUGUUUUGUUUUAUGUGUUGGUUUGGUUUUUUUUUAUUUGUUUGUUCGGUUUUGGUCGGUCUCCGUCCUUUUUCGCGGGCUCCCUCCCUCAGCCCGAAACCCGAGCGCCGCCGGCGAAUCGAGAUCAGCUCGGCGAGGUCGCCCGGCCCCGGACCGCUCCGAUGGAAAUACACUGUAAGCACGACCCGUUCGCAGCGAUGCACAGACAUGGAGGCGUGAAUCAGCUGGGGGGUGUUUUUGUGAACGGCCGCCCUCUCCCAGAUGUCGUUCGCCAAAGGAUCGUGGAGCUCGCCCACCAAGGGGUCCGGCCGUGUGACAUCUCCCGGCAGCUCCGCGUCAGUCACGGCUGUGUCAGCAAAAUACUCGGCAGGUAUUAUGAAACCGGGAGUAUUAAGCCUGGAGUGAUUGGAGGAUCAAAACCAAAGGUCGCCACACCCAAAGUCGUUGAAAAAAUUGCAGAGUACAAACGCCAAAAUCCCACCAUGUUUGCCUGGGAAAUCAGGGACAGACUCCUUGCUGAGCGAGUGUGUGACAACGACACCGUGCCCAGUGUCAGCUCCAUUAACAGGAUCAUAAGGACCAAGGUGCAGCAGCCACCCAAUCAGCAGGUCCCGGCUUCCAGUCACAGCAUAGCCUCCACAGGAUCAGUCACCCAGGUGUCCUCCGUGAGCACCGACUCUGCUGGCUCGUCCUACUCCAUCAGUGGGAUCCUGGGCAUCGCCUCCCCCGGCGCCGAGAGCAACAAGCGCAAGCGGGACGAAGGUAUUCAGGAAUCUCCAGUACCAAAUGGCCAUUCUCUACCAAGCAGAGAUUUUCUUCGGAAGCAGAUGCGAGGAGACCUUUUCACCCAGCAGCAGCUAGAAGUGUUGGAUCGUGUCUUUGAGAGACAACAUUAUUCUGACAUUUUCACAACAACUGAGCCCAUCAAACCAGAGCAGGCAACAGAAUACUCAGCCAUGGCCUCACUAGCUGGUGGAUUGGAUGACAUGAAGGCCAAUAUAACCAGCCCUACUUCGGCAGAUUUGGGAGCAAGUGUUCCUGGGCCUCAGUCCUAUCCUAUUGUCACAGGUCGCGAGCUGGCAAGUACAACCCUCCCAGGAUACCCUCCACACGUCCCUCCUGCUGGACAGGGCAGCUACUCCGCUCCAGCACUGACAGGAAUGGUGCCUGGGAGCGAGUUUUCUGGGAGCCCAUACAGCCACCCACAAUAUUCAACAUACAACGACUCCUGGAGGUUUCCCAACCCUGGACUCCUGGGCUCCCCCUACUACUACAGCGCUACAGCCCGUGGAGCAGCCGCACCAGCUGCUGCCGCCGCCUAUGACCGCCACUGACGCCGGCGCUCAGGGCAUCGGCGCUGACGGCACACGCAUCUGGGAGAGCCGCGACGACUCAUCUUGCUGCCACCAUGCCAGCCUCUCCAAAAGGGAAGGAGAAAGUACCUAGUAGGAACAUGAUCAUUGAAAUUUUGCUCUUAAAGCUUGUUGAACUGAUUAUUGUAUUCUUAAAUCUGGUUGGGUCCUGAAUCAAACAGAGAAACAGGAGGAAGUGGCACUCCUGGAGCUCUGUGUGGUCAAAACUGUGUGGUAGCUUCACGUUCUUUGCAGCCGGCUGGCCACUGCUUUAAUCGCCU